AUGACAAAAACAAUAAAAAUUGAUAAAGAAACUAAGCAUUCCAAGCUACAAGAGCAAAGGCCACUGGAGCAGGAAGUACUUCAAGAACAAAGGCCACUUGAGCAGGAAGUACCUCAAGAGCAAGGACCACUGAAGCAGGAAGUACUUCAAAAGCAAAGGCCACUGGAGCAGGAAGUACCUCAAGAGCCAAGGCCACUGGAGCAGGAAGUACCUCAAGAGCAAGGACCACUGGAGCAGGAAGUACCUCAAGAGCAAGGACCACUGGAGCAGGAAGUACCUCAAGAGCAAGGACCACUGGAGCAGGAAGUACCUCAAGAGCAAGGACCACUGGAGCAGGAAGUACCUCAAGAGCAAGGACCACUGGAGCAGGAAGUACCUCAAGAGCAAGGACCACUGGAGCAGGAAGUACCUCAAGAGCAAGCACCACUGGAGCAGGAAGUACCUCAAGAGCAAGCACCACUGGAGCAGGAAGUACCUCAAGAGCAAGCACCACUGGAGCAGGAAGUACCUCAAGAGCAAGCGCCACUGGAGCAGGAAGUACCUCAAGAGCAAGCACCACUGGAGCAGGAAGUACCUCAAGAGCAAGCGCCACUGGAGCAGGAAGUACCUCAAGAGCAAGGGCCACUGGAGCAGGAAGUGCCUCAAGAGCAAGGGCCACUGGAGCAGGAAGUACCUCAAGAGCAAGGGCCACUGGAGCAGGAAGUACCUCAAGAGCAAGGGCCACUGGAGCAGGAAGUACCUCAAGAGCAAGGGCCACUGGAGCAGGAGGUACCCCAUUCCAGCCUCCAGGUCUCUGAAGCUCAACUGGAAACAGAAAUCUAA